AUGGUCAAAACCGAAGCUUUCACCGCAGAAAAUCAAGAGCCAGUGACACUCAACGACAUUGCCACCAUGGAUCUCUUUCACAUUCGACAUUUCUCCCAAAGUGACGACACGUUCGAGAACUGGCAGCACUACGCAGAAGACGAGUGCAACAUUGCCUUCGACUGGUACUCGCAGUUUCCAUUUUUCCUCACAGUCUGGGUCAACGAUUCGGCAGAGCAAGCGCGCCUAGUGCUUUUCUCGGAUCACUACAUGUCUGACGGGUAUUCCGGAAUGCCUUUGCUGCCUGUUCGGAGCGGCCAGCACGAUUUUGUGAUUCCGCCCGUCGCAAACCCGACGUCGGCAUGUUUUGCAGAGGGAGAUCCGGGGUGUAUGCGCAAGACUGUAGCCAAAUGCAAAACCGAAGGUGUCACCUUUGCAGGAGCGUUAGUGAAUGCUGUCGUCGUGGCAUUCUACAAAGCUGCCAAGUCCCAACCUGACUUCGACCCCGAGCAACCGUUCAAGUUCAUGGUAGAUUUGGACUAUAAUAUGCGUCGACGUGUACCUCACGUUGCUGAAGAUGACCACGUCGGCGCUAUCAUAGCCUUCGCUGAUCUGGAAUGGCUGGUGGGUGAAGGUGUCAACAUGAACACAACGUUGUUCUGGGACCUCGCUCGUCGCAGUAAGAAAGAGAUCGACGAGAAUCUUCAACACAAGAAGAUGGUGGCAACUGUGACGGUAUCAGUUGACCAGCUCAUCAACGCGAAAAUGGAACUUUCGUUUGCAGAGGAUGUCCAAAUGCCAAGCUCGCUAAAUUCCGACGCAAACAUUUCCGAUGUUGGGAAAUAUCCGUACGCACGAGGAUUCUCUUUGACAUUUGAGAUUGACAAGGACGAGAAGCGAGCGCUGAUAGUCAAAUGCCUGCACGUUUGUAUUAUCGGAAGCCCUGGUACAAUCUGA